AUGCAAACCCGCUCAGAGGGUUCUACACUAGAUGGCGAAGCACACAGUGAGCCUCGCAAGGAAGAGAUCGGUUGGAGGAAAAUCGUAAAGAACUUUACGGCAUCGUGGUUCGCAGUAAUCAUGGGCACGGGCAUAGUCUCAGUCCUUCUCCACAGCCUCCCUUAUAACGCAACAUGGAUCUCACAUGGUUUCGCGAUUGCCUUUUUUAGCCUCAACGUUAUCCUAUUUACCCUUUUUACUGCGAUCACGGGCUUACGCUAUGCAAUGUACCCUCAGAUAUGGAAGGCCAUGAUUGUAAAUCCUGCUGAGUCUAUGUUUCUUGGCUGUUUCCCGAUGGGAUUUGCAACAAUCAUUAACAUGAUGAUCUUUAUUUGUGCACCUGUCUGGGGCCAAUGGGUGGUUUACUGGGCUUGGGGUUUCUGGUGGUUAGAUGCUGCUUUGUCUUUGACCACAUGCAUAAUGGUGCCAAUGGUCACGAUUCUUCAACAUCGUCAGGGGCUGCAGGGAAUUACAGCUGCAUAUCUCCUCCCAAUCGUCCCGGUAGUAGUUGCGUCUUCAACCGGAGGCAUCGUUGCAGAGGCUCUUGUAAACCCGGACCACGCUUUUAUCACAUUAAUCGCGUCCUAUAUUCUCUGGGGCAUCGGUACUUGCUUAUCAGGUACUGUCCUUGCGCUGUACUUCCACCGCCUCAUUAUCCACGGCCUCCCAGCAAAGGCGAGCAUCAUCUCUGUCUUUCUUCCUAUUGGCCCCCUGGGACAAGGUGGCUUUGGCAUACAGCAGCUGGGCAAAGUAUCUCUCAUGAUACUCCCCCAUACGUCGCUUAAUGUGACAAGGCCGGGCGCUACACACGGUGAAGAGUUCCUCUACUUCACUGGAGUCUUUCUAGCGCUCGUCAUGUGGGGCUUUGGCCUGAUAUGGCUGACCUUCGCGCUCAUCAGUGUUGCUGUGACGCAUAGAUUUCCCUUCAAUAUGACAUGGUGGGGGUUAACAUUCCCGCUUGGAGUUUUGGCAACGUGUACAGGCCUGCUGGCCAAGGACUUGGACAGUGUGUUCUUCAGAGUCAUGACCAUGAUCUUUUCACUUUUGGUAUGCUCUCUUUGGAUAUUGGUUGCUGCCAAAACGGCCCACCAGGCAAUUUCCAGAAACAUAUUUGUUUCCCCAGCGGUGAAGGACCUAGAGGAAAAGCAAGAGAUGAUCAAGCAAACACAUCAAAGAGUUUAG